AUGUGGAGGAUGCAGGAAGGGAGGACCGUGUCGCCUCUAGGGCCGGUCGUUCUGCCGCGGGAGGAAGCGGAUAUGCGUGCGGGGUUGUCGCUGCCGCCUCAAGAAAGGAGGCACGUGUUGCUCCACGUACGCACAGCCGAGCCUUUUGUCCGCUACGAGAACGCGCGCCAGCAGCAGCACUCGCCCUCGCCGACCUCGCCGAUCCUCCGCCCGGUCGACGGCAACGAGGCGACUUUCCACGAGAUGGAAUCGGCGCGGUCGAAGAGGAUGGAAGAGGACGAGGCCGAGGAGGAGGAGGAGGAGCAGGAGGACGAGGAGGAGGAGGAGGACGGCGAUCGCGAGGAGAGCGGCGCGAGGAGGAGGAGGAGGAGGAGGAGGAGGAACGUGGUCGAGGACGAAGAGGACGAGGAGGAGCAGGAGGAGGAGGAGGAGGAAGUGCAUCCGGGGGAUCGGAACGGAAGUUAUCAGGAGGACGAGGAGGUCGAGGUGGACGUUUGUCGGGACGAGGUGGACGAGAGCAACCCGAGCAGCCCGGUAGACUUGACCGCCCCCUCGUCGAGGGGCGGCGGUGGAUCCGACCAGUUCCUUAACCCGUUCGCCGCCCGAGGCGUCCACCCUUUCUCGUGUGUUCAAAGCGGUGAACAGACCGCUACUGCCCACGGCACACCUGUGUACAUAUCCGCGCACGCCGCCGCCGCUGCCGCUGCCGCCGCCGCCGCCGCCGCCGCCGCGUCAACCGUGAUGACCGUCUGCACUUCCGGGAACGCGGCACGAACGACCGGCACCUCGACCGGCGGUGGCAUCACCACGACCGCGAGCACCGUGCAAGCGAACAAACGGUGUCUCGCGUUCUCGGUGGAGAAUAUAUUGGAUCCGAACAAGUUCACCGGCGGAAGGGUGGUGCACACCCGCGUUCAGCAUCGGCGACAUCGGCGGGCCGACAGCGUGCACGAAGAUGGUGACUCGCGGGGCGAGUUCGCCUGCGGGAGCGGCCAAGAGGACGAGGAGGGCACGCCCGAGGCGGGGAUGGAGGAAAUGGACGAGGAGGCGGACGAGGAGGAGGAGGACGAGGACGUGGAGAUGAGGGUGGCCGACCAAGAGUCCUCGAGCGCGGGCCGGGACGGGAGCGCGACGGCGGCGAGCAACGUGUCCUCGGCCAGCUGCAAGAAGAGGCAAUCCUCCUCCUCCUCCUCCUCGUCGAGCAGCGUCCAAGCUCAGGGUUGCCAGGGUCAGAACCAGGGCAGCCAAAACGGAACCGGGGGGAGCGGUGGGACAGGCGGGAAGCCGAGGAGGGCCAGGACGGCGUUCACUUACGAGCAACUGGUCGCCCUCGAGAACAAGUUCAAGACGACGAGAUACCUGUCGGUGUGCGAGCGGCUGAACCUGGCCCUCUCGCUCUCGUUGACCGAGACCCAGGUGAAGAUCUGGUUCCAGAACAGGCGCACCAAGUGGAAGAAGCAGAACCCGGGGCUCGACGUGAACAGCCCGACCGUGCCCACCACGCCGCCCCAUCCACCGCCUUACGCGCCGGCCUUCCUCUUCGCCGCUCAUCCUCACCAGCACCCCCUCCCCCACUCCCACACGCACCCGCACCCCCACACCCACGUCCACCACCCGCCCCCCGUGCCCCCGCCGCCCCCCGGCUAUUAUCACCCGGCCGCGCCACCCUACCCCCCCACGGGGCCGACGUUCUUCGGCCAUCACCUGCCCGCCACCCCGCCGACCGCCUCCGGCCCACCCCCCACCUCCACGCCAUCCUCCACGGGCCUUGCCCUCUCCACGCAUCCGCACCCGCACACGCAUCCGCACGCGUAGCGAACUCGACAAUCCAAAGCGCGGACCGCGUCCUCGUCCUCGCCUUCGCUGUAGUCGCCCUCGCUCGCCUCGAGGAGAAGUGAACUGAUCGCGGGUGUGGGUGGUGGUGUGGCGCGAAUAUAUAUAUUGGGUGAGAAUAUAUAUAUAUAUUGUUGUACAGUGUGCACUUUGCGAGCGAGUGAGUGG